UGAGCCGGUCUCGGCCAGGCGCUGCCUUCAAACGCAGCCCAAGUGCUCCACGUGCACCUCUCCGACCCAGGAUGGGAGCCCCUCCACUCCUAAAAGAGCUACGCGCGCGCCGCUGUCACUCGCUCCACUCUCUCUGCAAGCAUAUUUUGGGGGUGUGUGUGGGGGGAGGGUGUCUAUUAAAAGCGGGAGCAGGGCCCGGGGACGCUUGCUCCCGAGCCGGUGCAGUUACCGUCCUAGCGAGCACUGCUGGCGCAGCGCAGCUAGCACGCAGGUCUUCCCGCCCGGCCGGGCUGCAGCCGCCCGGGGAUUGGCUGCGGAGGGGCGGCCCCGCCCCGUGCCCCGCAGGCGUCGGAGGAGUAGAAGCGCGCAGGAAGGAGCUAAGGCUCAGCGUCUGGGCUGCAGGCUGGAUGUACCUGGCAGGGGCAAGGAGAUCCUUUUGGAAAGAAACUGCAGCAUGUCCUGGAGCAGCAGUGACUUCGGACCCUCUGCUGAAGUAUUUGGGAAGAAUGGAGUGUUGGAGAAACAGAAAUUUCCAAGAUUCAAGAAAAGAGAGACACAGGUGUACGUUGGCAAUCUCCCGCUGGAUAUCUCUGAGGAGGAAAUUCGGUGCCUUCUAAAGGACUUCAACCCUCUCCAUGUCCACAAAAUCCAGAAUGGCUGCAAAUGCUUCGCAUUUGUAGAUGUGGGCUCCAUGCAGAAAGUGGCGCUUGCGAUCCAGGAGCUGAAUGGCAAGCUCUUCCGCAAACGAAAACUGUACGUGAAUUCCAACAGGUCUCCCAAGAGGACCCUUGAUGUGACUGAGUGGACCCAGGAACUGCUGGGUUUGGAGAAGACCUCUGGUCAAGGAUUUGCUAGAACCACUGCUUGUACACAGCUCGUUCCUAAAGCUUCCGUUGACCCCUGUAAGACGGAGAAACCGAGGACAAGCAUCUUUGCAGUUCCCAUGGAAAUGAGAGGGUCCUUCUUGGCGCUGCUCUUGAGGGAAUGCUUCCGAGACCUGGGCUGGCUGGCCACCAUCCACAGCGUCGGCGGGGACGUGGGGCUGUUGGUGACCAGUAUUGUCCCUCAGACCCCCUUCUUCUGGGCCAUGCAUGUCACGGAGACGCUGCACCAGAACAUGCAGGCACUGUUCAGAGCCCUGGCCGAGGCAGAGGAGCAGCAGCCCUACCUGCACGACUCGGCUGUGCGGCGCGGGACCCGCUGUCUGGCCGAGUACCAGCUGGGUGAUUACGGAUGGGCCUGGAACAGGUGCUGGGUGCUGGACCGAGUGGACUCCUGGGCUGUUGUCACGUUCAUCGAUUUCGGCCAGUCGGCCACCAUCCCAGUGCAAUCCCUGCGCAGCCUGGAUAGUGACGAUUUCUGGACCAUCCCCCCCCUGGCUCAGCCAUUCAUGCUGGAGAAAGAUAUUUGGAGUUCAUGUCAGGUUAUCCAUCGCAUCCUCAAAGGGAAAAUCACUGGUGCUUUGAACUUGGAGUUGCACAUCCUGAAGUUUGAAGAGUUUAAAUAACAUGGCUACAAUCGGCACGUUUCUUCUCUUGUCUAGAUUCAGCCUGCUCUGCCCUUUCACUCUUGAGGCCUUGGGGGUGAAAAAGGCCACAGCGGUGCCCAGGAUUGAUUGGAUUCCCCUUUGCCUUUCCCCCAGCUCACUUCUCAAUUUGUCAUGUGCCUUCCGUCCCCCAGCUCAGUGUGAACAUUUGAACCAAACAUUGGAAGCUUCCAUGAGGUUGAAAGUCUGAUGUAGCCAUUGUAUUCUUUCCUGUGUCUCUUCUUUGUACCCUCAGAGCAUGAUAUAAGUUGCCCUGACAGAUUCUGGAGAAUGGAGGGGCCCACGCUUUAAUUUUCCUGGCAUUCUGUCAUAGAAUCAGGUAGGGAGCACUUAAACAUUGAUGCAUCGCCUUGGUGAAUAAAUGUUGGCAUGCUUCA